AUGCCGUCGACCCUCGCCGCGGAGGAGGACGCGUGUCCAACUGGCGGCUCUGCGAGCCCCUCCGCGGGAGCGAGCUCCGCUGCGCCCGCCUCAGAGAUGCGCCAGAGGGGGGGAAGAGGAAAGCAUACAGAAAAACCCAACAGGAGGGACUCCACGUCUCCCUUCCGCUAUGAAAAAGAUCAAGAACACUCGACGUCAAAGAGCCACAGAGGCGAGGGGAUCAGUGCAGCUGCGUUUCUCAGUCGCGAAUUCCCCGCUCUUCCAGGGACGGAGUCCGUCGACUGGCCCCGCGGAGACUUCCUCCUGGCGUGUCUCCUGUGCGUCGCGGGGACGAUCUUUUUCGUCGCAGGCUGGCGCAUGUGGGCGGCAGAGGGCCUCUGGGACGCCUUCCCCUACGGGCUGCUUUCCUUCUUUUGCCUCUGCCCCGGCGUGUACCACUUGGUGAUAUUCAUCUUGAUUUUCCUCAAGGUGCCUGGCUUCUCCUUCCGCCUUCUCCAUUGA